CAAGUUUGUAUACAGUUUUUGUAAAUAUAAAGACAAAAGUUUGGGUUGUAAAAUGUUUUAUGAAGCUUUCUUAGCAGGUACAUGGGCAUCAAUGGGUAGCACUUUUGGUAAAUUAUCUGGAACACCUACUAUUGUAGGUGAUAGUUACUUGAUAUGGGCUUUUCUUUUGGCUGUAAUGGUGCUAACCAAUACAUGGGGCUGUCGUUACUACCUACACUCGUUGGAUGCAGCGAACAACUCUGUAGCACCUACUGUCAUCUCAGCGGCCUCUAGUUAUGUACUAUCAGGUGUAAUCGGAGUAACUUUGUUCAAUGAGGGCGCCACUGUGCGAUGGUGGUUGGGCAUAUUUUUCAUUGUUAUGGGAUUGAUUUUGGUAGCGCGACCUCGGGUUAAUAAAAUCAAAUAAUAUUAAAAUAUAGUC